AUGGCGGGAAUAUUUGGAACGGCGAAUGCGAGUAGCACCAACUCAGCAAACACUCUCGGCGACCUCUCCAACGAUGUUGCCCUCAGCAACCCCCCAGACGACAGCAUUUCCGACCUGUCCUUCUCGCCGCAGUCUUCCCACCUGGCUGUAGCGUCUUGGGACAAGAAAGUCAGGAUUUAUGAGAUCACCUCAACAGGGGGAAGCAAUGGGAAGGCCUUCUUCGACUGCGAGGGACCUGUAUUUAGCUGCGACUGGUCGCCUGAUGGAACCAAGGUCGUAGGAGCUGGAGCAGACAAGGCUGCGCGCGUAAUCGACCUUGCAUCCGGUACCAACACCGCGACGCAAGUUGCUGCCCACGAUCAACCCAUUCGUUGCGUCAAGUACUUUACGCCACUUAAUGCCAGUGCGCCGAUGAUUGUUACUGGCUCGUGGGACAAGACUAUCAAAUACUGGGACUUGCGCCAGUCGACGCCAGUGGCUUCCGUGCAAUGUCAGGAACGAAUCUAUACGCUGGAUGUGAAGAAGAACCUGCUCGUCGUGGGGACUGCGGACCGAUAUAUUAACGUGAUCAACCUCAGCGACCCAACAAAGUUCUACAAGACCCUCCAAAGUCCGCUGAAGUGGCAAACGAGAGUGGUCAGUUGCUUUACGGAUGCUACUGGGUUUGCAGUUGGAAGUAUCGAAGGGAGAUGUGCUAUUCAAUACGUUGAAGAUAAGGACUCCAGCUCCAACUUCUCUUUCAAAUGCCAUCGUGACCCUCCACAGAAUAACAUGACCAACGUCUACUCCGUCAACGCCAUCUCCUAUCACCCCGUCCACGGCACUUUCAGCACCGCAGGCUCAGACGGCACAUUCCACUUCUGGGACGGAGUUGCCAAACACAGACUAAAGGGCUACCCCGCCGUUGGAGGCACUAUCUCAGCAACAGCCUUCGACGCCAAAGGAGAGAUCUUCGCCUACGCCGUCAGCUACGACUGGAGCAAGGGCUACGCAAGCAAUACCGCCACGCUCACUAACAAGGUGAUGAUGCACGCUGUCAACGCAGACGAGUGCAAACCCCGACCAAGCGUUAAGAAGCGGUGA